GACGACAGGUGCCUGUCUGGGGCCAACGACGGCGCGUCCACGUGCACCGUCUCGGCCGGGGCAGGAUGUGAAUGCCCGUGGCCGGCAUGUUGUGCGGCUGCUGCGUCAUCCGAGGGCGAAGGCAAGGAGAAGGAUGUGUGCCGGCCGGCGCACUCACAUCGAGCAACAGCGCAUGUAGCGGCGUGUGUCGGGAGAACGCCGUCCCGUGCGUGCGUGAGGCGUCAAUCGUGAAAUGGGAUCCUCGUGCAUGCCACUAGUUAUGUAAGCACAAUCACGCCUGUGCGUCCGCGCUGCGACAACGAAAACGGGGAGGAUGUGGCUGGCCGCCGACGCCCGUAGCAGGACCGGUUCAGCUCGUAUGCCGGUCGAG